AUGCAGGAAUGGGAAUUGCUGAUCCCGCAUCCUAGAGAUAUAAAUGUGAAGAUGCAAAACAACAACGAUAAUAGCAAAGAAAAAUGCACGAUAAGUGACAUCAAGAAAACGCUUACCAAGGAGCAGUUGGAAGCUUUUAGGAUGUCAGCUUUUGGAAAGUUCCUGGAUCUCCCACACUGCAUCGUUCAGAACCAGCUUAUUAACUACAUACUUCUACGUGAGGUUCGUCAGAGCAGGACGGAUGAGAUGUGGUUUGACUUCGGAGGCAAACUCCUCCGAUUCGGUAUAGAGGAAUUUGCGGUCGUGACUGGUUUGAAGUGCACUGGGCAUAGUAUGGAUAAGGCGAGAGAGGGGGAUGAUGGGGUUCUCCAAAAACUGUUCAAAAUGUCUUUAUCGGCAAAAGAAGCAGGAGAGGCUGAAAUUACUGGGGAUGAUAUCAAAGUAAGCGAUGAGGAGUGCAAUAGAAGUUUGUUUGGGAAGGUUGUGGGUGAUAGGCAUGCUGGUCUUCUGGGAAUUAAGAGAACGAUGGGCGCCAUCUGGAGAAUGCAACAUUCCAUGGAGGUGAAAGAGAUUAGCGAAAAUUUUUUCCAAUUUAUAUUUCUUUCUCAAGAGGACAAAAAGAAGGUGUCUGCAGGCCAUAAUUGGAUGUACGGAAACCAAUACUUAAUUCUAAAAGAAUGGUUCCAUGGGUUACAUAGUAAUCACAGUUGCUUUGAUGAGAUCACUCUUUGGGUUCAGGUAUUAAAUGUUCCUUUGAAUUGGAUGAGCACUGAGGUUGGCCAGAAAGUUGGAAGAAUCUUCAAUAAAGUUAAAAACGUGAUUGUCUGUAAGGUUGGAGGGGAUGUAGGGAGUUUUCUGAAGCUGCUGGUGGCAAUCGACCUGAAAGAACCAAUUCCCAGGUGCACAUCCAUUAAACUUGGGAAUCAAAAGGUGAUGGUGGCAUUUAGGUACGAGAAACUUGUCAACUUAUGCUACUACUGCGGCAUGAUAGGGCAUCUGGACAGGAGCUGCAGCAAAAGAUUGAGAGAUUUUGAGAAUAACUGUGUGGCUGAUGGUCAAUUUGGGGAAUGGCUAAAAACCUCUGAGACAUAUGCGGGGGGAAGGAGUAUGCAGUCUGACAGUUCCGGUGAGAAAGUUGACCACCCGAAAACCAACCUAGUCCAAGAUUCCUUGGCCUCUGAUAAUAUUAUUUCUAAUGAGGGUCAAAGAAAGAUAAUCAGAAGCACUGAAAGUGGGGAUCAAUCACCCCUUGUUUUGGGGGAAAACCAGGACCGUCAUUACCUCCCGCGAGGUGAGAAGGUUGCUUGGCGGACUUCUCGCUACCCUUAG